GCGUUCAUAUUUCGUCAAACCAAAAACCAAACCCCAUAAAUUAUUUCAUGGAAAUUGGGUCUUCCCCACUCUUUUCAGCUGAAGUUCUUGCUUAUACCAACACCGGCAUCAUCACCGGCGCCGGCGGAGGAGACGGCGACAAGUUUUAUUGGUUUCAGGAUAUGGAAGAUGGCAAGGAAAGGAGUAGAAACAACGAGUUUAUGGAUUUACAUUCUUCGAUUUCGUUAUUCGAUGAUGAAAUGAAGCACGAGCAACUUCAAUGGUUUAAUGAUUCUGAUCAAGGAAGAGGAGCUGUUUUUGAAUCGAAUUACAGUGAAACGAAUGAUUAUUUCGAUCAAAUUCAAAGUCAUUACACUGAAAUCGAUGAAUUUGAUGAUUCACGGAAGAAACGAGCGCGAAAAUCAAGUUCACCGGUAUCUGUUCCGGCGACGGAGGAUUCAGGUCCAUCGCAAUCAGGCGGAACAGGACGGCGGUUAUGGGUGAAAGACAGAUCAAAAGACUGGUGGGAGAAGUGCAACCACCCGGAUUUUCCCGACGAGGAAUUCAAACGCGCGUUUCGAAUGAGCAAAUCGACGUUCGAUAUGAUUUGUAAAGAGCUUGAAUCAACGGUGAUGAAAAAGAACACGACGCUCCGCGAUGCGAUCCCGGUUCGUCAACGCGUUGCGGUCUGCAUUUGGCGUUUAGCCACCGGUGAACCGCUCCGAAUGGUAUCAAAACGGUUCGGUUUAGGAAUUUCAACUUGCCAUAAGCUAGUUUUAGAGGUUUGUGCCGCCAUUAAAACUGUUUUAAUGCCUAAAUAUGUCCAAUGGCCCGAUGAAAACAAAUUAACCAAAACCAAAUCGGAGUUCGAAUCCGUCACCGGAAUCCCAAACGUCGCCGGCGCGAUCUACACCACUCACGUCCCGAUCAUCGCUCCAAAAUCCAACGCCGCCGCGUAUUUAAAUAAGAAACAAUCGGAGAAAACCCAAAAACAAUCGUAUUCCAUCACACUCCAAGGUGUCGUAGACCCAACCGGCGUUUUCACUGACGUUUCAAUUGGUUGGCCUGGUUCAAUGUCCAACGAACAAAUCUUCGAGAAAUCGGCGUUUCAUCAAAGCGCCGUUAAAGGCCAAGUAAAAGGUGUUUGGGUAGUCGGAAGUAAAGGGUAUCCAUUAAUGGAUUGGGUUUUAGUCCCUUACGCUCAUCAAAAUCUAACUUGGACUCAACACGCAUUCAAUGAGAAGAUCGAAGAGAUUGGAAAAAUGGGUAAAGAAGCAUUUGCGAGACUGAAAGGAAGAUGGUCGUGUUUGCAGAAAAGGGCUGAAGUUAAGCUUCAAGAAUUGCCGGCUGUGCUCGGCGCUUGCUGUGUUUUGCAUAAUAUUUGUGAGCUUCGAAAUGAAGAAAUGGAACCCGAGCUUAAAAUUGAAAUUUCCGACGAUGAAGUCGUGCCGGAGAAUAAUUUGAGAUCCAUGGUUGCCGUUCAAGCUAGGGAUUAUAUUGCUCAUAAUUUGCUUCACCAUGGCCUUGCCGGUACCGGUUUUCUAUAGUGAUUUCAUUAUAUUAUCCUUGGUUAAAAAAUUUUGUAUUGUUUUUAGUGUAUAGCCCAAUAAUAAUAGGUAGAUAGGUAGAUUUUGAUUGUAUUUUUUGGGGGGUAUGGAAUAAAAAUUUUUAUUCGACUUUUUAGUUAA